AUGUCGAGGCAAAAUUGCAUCAUAUUUGUUGUCAUCCUAUUGUUAACACAAACAACUUCUUUCAUCGAGGCGAGGACCUCGUGGGUUCCAUGGUAUCCUAAAACGACCGUGGUGGUGAAAAAUGAGGUGGAGGGAGGGUGGAAAUUGACACUUCAUUGUAAGUCCAGAGACGACGAUAUUGGAGCCUUUGUGUUGGUAACACACGAAGCCAUCAAAUGGAGAUUUCGACCGAACAUCUUUAGAACCACUCUGUUUUACUGCAGUGUUGAUUGGGGAGAGGGGGUUCAUUGGUUUGACGUCUACAUUCAUAAAAGGGACAUCUUGCGCUGCACUUAUUGUCAAUGGAUCAUAAAGAAGAGCGGUCCAUGUUUUUAUGACGCUGGGACACAUGUUUAUGAUUUCUGUCUUCCUUGGCAUUAG